UUGCUGCCUUGCAUUAGUGAGUUGCAUUCACUGCCUGUGGGACUCUCUGCUUCAUCGGAUUUACUUGAGGGAGGUACUAGAGCUCAUAAAUGGGACGUACUGUGCAACAGAAAGAAUCAAACAGAACCCUGUCUGAGCACCAGGUUCUGGAUGGACACCGAGGCCCAAUCGGAUCUCUGCUUUCCACAGCUGACCAACCUCUCCUGCAGGAAAUCCUCAUCAGCGUUACCGAACGACAUCCUUUUGAAUAUUACGCUGCCCGUCGUCUGCGUCCUCACUGUGGUUCUCAACCUCCUGGUCAUCAUCUCCAUCUCCCACUUCAGGCAGCUGCACACCCCGACCAACCUCCUCCUGCUCUCGCUCUCCGUCACUGACUUGCUGGUGGGUCUCCUGAUGAUAGUGGGACAGCUCUACAAUCAAGCAUCCUGCUGGUUUCUUGGUGAUAGUCUGUGUUCUCUGUUUCGUGUAUUUAUGAUCACAGUGACGACUGCCUCCAUAGGCAACAUGGUGCUGAUAUCAGUUGACCGUUAUGUGGCAAUUUGUGAUCCUCUGCACUAUAUCGUCAAAGUCACUGUUAAAAGAAUUCAACAUGGUGUUUGUCUCUGCUGGUUCUUAUCUCUUUUCUCCUGCUGUAUCAUUUUGAAUGACCAGCUUACGGAUCCAGGAAAGUACAAUUCCUGCUACGGAGAGUGUGUUAUCACUGUUGACUACAAUGCAGGUGUUGCUGAGUUAGUUGUGACUUUCAUCUUUCCUCUCAGCAUCAUCGUCACGCUGUAUACAAGAGUGUUCGUGGCUGCUGUCUCUCAGGCGCGAGCCAUGCGCUCUCAUGUUAAAUGUGUCAGAUUACAUCAUUCUGUCCCUUUAAGAGCAAAGAAGUCCGAAUUGAAGGCAGCCAGGACUCUCGGUGUCUUGAUCUUGGUCUUCCUCACGAGCUUUUGUCCGUACUACAUUUUCUCUCUCACUAAUCACAGCAAGAAAAUGACUCCCCUUAAGUCUUAUUUUCUGUAUUUAUAUUCUUUCAACUCUUGCGUGAACCCCUUGAUAUACACUUUGUUCUACCCAUGGUUUCGAAAAGCCGUAAGACAAAUUGUCACUCUGCGCAUCUUCCGGUCUGGCUCCUCUGAGGUCAACAUACUGUAGGCUCACGCUCAAAUGUGCUUUCUUUCUCCGUGUGUGUGUGCAACACAAGUGCUUUAAUGUUCCAUCUGAGGAGAGCAACACACUUUGAGGUUUUAAAAGCAUUAUUACUGUGUGCUGUGUAGUUUUAUUCCUCUGCUACUGCUGCAUUGUUACUUAAAUGUGCUUUGAAAGAUAAUGAACAGAUUGUGAAAUGGGAUUUUGGAGCUAAACUAGUUUCAAAUCACUCCAUUUUAUCCAAUAUAUUCUGUGGUUGCACAUGCUAAGAAAUGCUGCCACGAGUGCUCUAAGAAGCAGGCUUACUUGUCUGUUUUUGAAAAAUAUCUUUUUUUUUUUUUUGCUCUUGAGUUUCUUCAGUACAGUUUUUAAUGUAUCAACCAUCCAUGCCUGCAUGUACAUAACCAUUUAUAUACAUAGUGUAUUCAAAGAAAUCUGUCUAUCUUUGUUAUAUGGCUGUAAUGACCUAUGAUUGCACAUUUCCAAAUAGCUCAGUUGCACGCAGUUGUGGUUAAAAUGGGCUUAUUUUCUGUAUGUAAUUGCUCGGGGUGGCGAGAUGAUGAAAGAUUGGUCAAAAUGUGUUUAUGUUUGUAUUUGUGUUACAAAACCACUCUAAAUCUCAUCUGAAGCUGUACCUCCAUAACACAAUAAAAGUUUAUAUAUCAGGG